GGAGGUCAACCACAGUGACAGCUGUUUAAAGUGAUUUACAUACACGCGCACACAUACACACCACUUUACAUGGGGGUGUAUGUAUGUACGCAUGCGCAUAUUAAGAAACUCAUUUCAAUUGCAGAAUAUAUUGAUGGAUUAAUAUGUUGAGUGACAGUUUAUUGUAGUAAAUCCAAUUGCUUGUGUAUGGACGCACUAACCGGCGCGACGAACGUGUUGCUGCAGUUUAAGUAAGUUUUCAAGAAGUGCGCCGAAAGGUCCCUAUCGCGAGGGCACCAACGUGUUGAAGUGUCCAGCACUUCAACCGACGUGUACACAGGCCCAUCGACAACGCAGACUUGCUUAUAAAUCAGAAGCAAAGCGUUAGCUAAGCGGGCGCUGGUGGGGCGCGACCAAUGCUGUACGCAUUCUGCAUCUAGUAUUAGCAUUUUACUAAUGCUCAUAUGGGCAAUCAGCAAACGAUUAUGGCCGCUUUAGUAAAACCUAUAGCAGCACACAAGCACACGCUCUCCGCGUUCAAGCAUAUGUUUGUUUGUUUAUAUUUAUUGCUAUAACUAAGUAAAAUAUAUGUGUGUAUGUGCUCCUAUGUGGAUAUUUGUAGCGUUGUCGUCGACGCGCAUGCCGGCGUUUUGAGCUUUGUUUUGAUAUCAUCUAAAGUAGUUGCUUUUACGUAGUAGCCUGCUGCCGCUGCUCGCUGUUUUAAUACUCGCUGCUCGCCUUUACAUUCAAUAUUUGCAGUAACAUAAACGCGGCUCACUCGUACUCUAUCACCUGUUCAUGAAACAAUAAGCUGUCAGUGAGGUUUUGAUUUCAAUUAUCGGUGCACACGAGCUGCUCAUUUUAGCGCCGCUACAAAGUGGAGCUCAUCUGCUUCAAUAUUUGGCAAUUUAUCUAACGUUCGCUUAGACUUUUUUGUUUGUUGUAUUCGCGAGUGCGUAACUGAAGAAAAAACAUACUCGCCACAAAUACUAUCGAAUUGAUUUGGGCGUAUGUAAAUAAACAAACUAGACCAGCGCUACAACGACAGAGACGUGUGUCAAAAUACAAAGUGUAACAUAAUUGAAAGCAGAAAAGGAUUAUUACAUAAAAACGGCGGAAGUGCGGAGGAACGCGUAAAACGUUAAAAACAAAUUAUCCAAAUUAAGCAACAAUGAUUGUAUCGGGGUUAAACUGUGCACGAAUACUGACUUUAGAUCGGUCAAUCUGUGAGAUAUAUUAUAGAAACUCAGAGAGAAUUUUUCUGACUGACUUUACACCGCAAAUAUCGGUCAAUAUAUCCAAUCAACAGGAAAUAUAUAAAUUGCAUUGAAUCGAAAAUGAGUGCAACCGUAGAUGUUGGUAACUCUGAGAAACUGUUUGUGCCGUCUACAACAAUACUAAUACCAAAUAAUAAUAAUGAAUCUGGAAAUACGAAUAGUCAUAUUAACAUAAAAAAUGAUGGUGCCGCAAUUAUUGAAAUUGAUAACGCAAUCGGUGCCGAUAACGAACAGUUCAACAAAAUGGCAAAUUUUGAAGAUAUCGUACAAAGAUGCCGUACUGCAUUCGCCAGUGGAAAAACAAAAGAUGUUAACUUCAGGCGAAAACAGUUGGAGAAUCUAUUGAAAAUGUAUGAAGAGCAUGAAAAUGAGAUGAUUAGCGCGCUCGAUGCAGAUUUGCGGCGUCCAAAGCAAGAAAGUUUGGUGGUAGAAACGGAGUUUCUUAAAAAUGACAUCAAACACAUACUAUACAAUUUGGAAGAUUGGGUUAAACCCGAAACGCCGGAAAAAUCAUUGGUCAAUCUGUUGGACGAUGUGCAAAUUUUCAAUGAUCCCUUUGGUGUAGUUCUGGUGAUCGGUGCUUGGAAUUAUCCACUACAAUUGUUGCUGGUGCCCGUUGCAGCUGCCAUAGCUGCUGGCAACUGCGUUGUGCUUAAACCAAGUGAAAUUUCUACCAAUUGCGCAAAAUUCAUUACAGAGAUGGUGCCGAAAUAUUUGGAUAAUGAUUGCUACCCAGUUGUGUGCGGUGGUCCAACCGAAACAGCUGAAUUGUUGAAGCAACGCUUCGAUUACAUUUUCUACACAGGCUCAACCAGAGUUGGCAAAAUUAUACACGCUGCCGCCAAUAAGUAUUUGACGCCGGUAACACUCGAAUUGGGUGGUAAAAGUCCCUGUUACAUUGAUAAAUCCGUUGAGCUGCGUACAGCUGUAAAACGCAUACUUUGGGGCAAACUGAUCAAUUGCGGCCAAACAUGUAUAGCGCCCGAUUAUGUGCUGUGUUCGAAAGAAAUACAAGACAAAUUCAUUGCCGAAGCAAAAGACGUGCUCAAAGAGUGGUAUGGCGAGGAUAUCAAGAGCAGUCCAGAUCUCAGUCGUAUUAUAAAUCAUAAUAAUUUCCAACGCCUGCUCGGUCUAAUGAAAAGCGGCAAAGUUGCGGUUGGUGGUAAUUAUGAUGCCUCUGAACGUUUCAUUGAGCCCACAAUAUUAACUGAUGUGAAAGCUGAUGAUUCUAUUAUGCAAGAGGAGAUUUUCGGCCCAAUUUUGCCCAUAUUCACAGUCGAAAAUGCCUACGACGCAAUAAAAUUCAUCAAUUCCAGAGAAGCACCACUUUGUGCGUAUAUAUUCACAGCGGAGGCUGAGGUACAAAAUUUAUUUAAACGCGACAUCCAAUCGGGCGGAAUGUGUAUGAACGACACUAUAAUGCAUUAUGCUGUUGACACUUUGCCAUUUGGCGGUGUCGGUUCCAGCGGCAUGGGACGCUAUCAUGGUAAAUAUGGUUUUGAAACAUUCACGCAUAAGAAAUCGUGCCUUGGCAAGGAUCUGCAUCCGUUAGGCGAACUGCUGGCAUCCGGUCGUUAUCCACCUUAUUCAGAUCGCAAAUCAACGAUAUUGGGUAUUCUGCUGCGCAAACGCCGCCCAUUCCCCAAGCUCUAUCUGUCACAUCUAUUAGCGGUCGGUUUGGGUAUUGGCCUCACAGUACUCUUCACCCAUUAUUUACAGGGCAAAUUAUUUUCACGCUAAAAUCGCUUGUUUGACGUCCGUUGAUUGAGUGAUACGCACCACGGCCACCACAUACCUAAGCAUUGAUGGGUUUAUAUUAUUUACACUUAUAUUUUAUGACGUACAACAUUUCAUCGUUGUGGUGUCAGUGUUUCUGUACAUGUACAUAGAUGUUACAUUUUAAACGCUCUUCGGUUCAACAAUCUUAAUUUCAUUUUUAGUUGUAAUUUUUCAUGAAUAAUUAUUAUGAAUACUAAUAUAAGCUUACUUUAUAUUUAAGUACAUACCUAAAUGCAUUUUUUAAAAAUCAAUCCAAAUUAAUAAUGACAUGUUGAUAAUAACUAACACGCUUGGAGUAGAAUAUUUAGAGGUAUUUGUCGGCGUAUUAUGUAUAAAACAUAUGUUAUAUACAUUUGUUAUAAAAAAAAA